GGAAGUAUUCAAAAUUCUUCGUAUCUGAGUUGUCUGCUACUUUUAAAACUUGAAAAGCAACAACGCCCAACUCCACUCUGUACUUUCUCUCUCCUCUACCCACCAAGAGAGAGAAAAGAAAAAAAAGAAAGAGACAUUUUUUUUUGCUGGAUAAGUAAAGAGCAGAGAAAGAAUACUCUGUGGCAGACAACAAUCUCUCUUGUUUCCUAAUAAUGCAGACUAAAACAGUUCAAGUUGGCAACUUAUCAGAUCUAGCAACUGAGAGAGAAAUUCAUGAUUUUUUCUCGUUUUCUGGUGAUAUUCAGCAUAUUGAGAUCCGCCGUGAAUCAAGUAAUUUAAGGACUGCAUUUGUUACAUUUAGAGAACAUAAAGCUCUUGAAAUCGCCUUGCUGUUAUCGGGAGCAACUUUAGUCGACCGCAUUGUGACUAUAUCUCUUGCUGAAAAUUAUGUUGUAAAAUCUGAGACGGAAGUAAGAAUAGUCGAAAAUGCGGUGAGCACACCUGAGGCUGAAGAUUCUUCCACGAAUGUUGAGGCUGGAUCUGGUGGCAAAGCAUAUGUAAAUAAAGCUCAAGAAGUUGUUUCCAAUAUGUUAGCUAAAGGUUCUGCCAUUCGACAAGAUGCUGUGAACAAGGCUAAAGCAUUUGAUGAGAAGCAUCGUUUGACAGCUAAUGCAUCUGCGAAGGUCAGUUCCUUCGACAAAAGAGUUGGAAUCACUGAGAAGCUCACAGUUGGGAUUUCAGUUGUUAAUGAGAAAGUAAAGUCUGUGGACCAAAGGCUUCAGGUCUCCGAUAAAACAAUGGCAGCCCUAUUUGCAGCGGAGAGGAAAUUAAAUGAUACAGGAUCAGCUGUCAAGUCAAGCCGGUAUGUUACUGCCGGAGCAGCAUGGUUUAAUGGUGCUUUUAGCAAAGUUGCGAAGGCUGGUCAUGUUGCUGGAUCGAAAACUAGACAGAAGUUCCAUACCGCAGUGUCAAAUCUUACUGCAAAGGACCCAAUAGCUGCAUAAUCAGAAAUCUUGAGCUAACUUCAAGUGAACAAUCAAGUUGGUUCUCAAUUCUCAUAAUGCAUGGUUAUCCUCAACCCAAUAGAUCUUUAAGCAAAUUCAGGAGUGAGAUGUCAGAUCAAAUAUCAGAUCUCUGAACUUCCUUAAGAUGCUGCAAGCAAUGGUACUGGUUUGAAGUGUUGUCCUGAAGAUUACGUCAUCAUCGUCGUUUAUUUCUCCAGGUAAAAGUACCAGGAGUAAGCUUGUGAUUUUUGAUUUCUUUUAAGUAGUUCCUAAGAGGUUUUGAUUUGUUAAAUAUCACUGUAAUUCUUUUUAAGACUCGGACCCUAUAUUCUUUGGGACUUUUGCAUUCAUCAAAAGGUGGCGCAUGUUACUUAUGUGUAUAACCCACAUUUAAAUGUUAAUUAGAUUUUUACCACUUCCCGCGAUGGCAUAAAUGGAUGUAAUUAUGAUUUUAGAUUUGAA